CAACAUCUCGCUAGGAAUUUUUUAGAGCCACCCUCCCAUUUUCAGCCAGCCUUUACGCCACCAGAAUUUUUUAGAGACCAGUUUGGUAUUAGAACCGCGCGAUUGUGAACCUAAAGCUUAAAACCGCCGGAUUUUCAACAGAAUGGCUGCCGAACCUGACAUGCCCACUUUCAAGCUGGUCUUGGUUGGCGAUGGUGGUACCGGAAAAACCACUUUCGUUAAGCGUCACUUGACUGGUGAAUUUGAAAAGAAGUAUGUGGCCACACUUGGUGUGGAAGUUCACCCCUUGGUUUUCCAUACCAACCGUGGAGCAAUCAGAUUCAAUGUGUGGGACACUGCUGGUCAGGAGAAGUUUGGAGGUCUCAGAGAUGGAUAUUACAUUCAGGGCCAAUGUGCUAUCAUCAUGUUUGAUGUAACCUCUCGUGUCACCUACAAAAAUGUUCCAAAUUGGCACAGAGAUUUGGUCCGAGUUUGUGAAAAUAUCCCAAUUGUUCUUUGUGGCAACAAAGUUGACAUUAAAGAUCGUAAAGUCAAGGCCAAAUCCAUUGUCUUUCAUAGAAAGAAGAAUCUCCAGUACUAUGACAUUAGUGCCAAGUCAAACUACAACUUUGAAAAGCCUUUCCUCUGGCUAGCACGCAAGCUAAUUGGAGAUCCUAACCUAGAGUUUGUUGCUAUGCCUGCUCUGCAGCCACCUGAGGUGCAGAUGGAUCCUAAUUGGCAGAAGCAAAUUGAAGGUGAAUUGGAGGAAGCUCAACACAUUGCACUACCAGAAGAUGAUGAAGACUUGUAACAUCAACAUAUUAGGAUUUAAGCCACUACACCCUCCCACAAAUUUUUCCAUCUGUGUUUUCUGCCUUCUAUCUUAACCAAUUUUUAUUUGCGAGGUAUGAAAAUACAUUGUGCGUCAUAAUACAAAAGUCUUUCGAA